GAAUCGUCAGUGUGAGUCUUGUGUUUAUUGUUUGGUGCCACAAUGACCAAAACACUGUCUGCUCUGGUUGUUCUCACCAUAGCUUCUCUGACUCAAACUAAUGAGGUUCCACAUCAGAUCAAUUUGAAAGUGGUUGAUGUUGGUGGGGAUGUUACUCUGUAUUGUCCAGGUUCAAACAAGAAAGGCGACUUCUUCUACUGGUACAAGCAGCCGCUUGGACAUAUGCUCCAGACAGUAGCUACAUCAGUUUUAGACGAACCAAAACUCACUGAACAAUUUAAAAAUGAUCGCUUUAAAUUUACACCAGGAGAUUCUCAAUACUCUCUUACUAUCAAGGAUAUCAAUAAAGAGGAUGAAGCAACUUACUUCUGUCAAAGUGGGGCUGCUUAUUUUCAGACUUUUUCUACAGGGAUAUACGUGGUCGUAAAUGAUUGUAAAAGUCAAACAGUGACUCAUGUCAGACAAACUCCAGAAACAACAUCAGUCCAGAAGGGGGACACAGUUAAUCUCCAGUGUUCUCUUCUCUCCAGCAGUAGAGAAAACACCAAUCAUAAUCCAUCUGAUUACAAUGUGUACUGGUUCAGAGCUGGAUUUGGAGAAUCCCGUCUGAGUUUUAUUUAUACUCAGAACAACAGCUAUGAUGCUUGUAAUAGUAGCCGUGUCUUCAAUCUGUCCAAAAGUAUACAUAACUCCUCAGAUACUGGGAUUUACUACUGUGCUGUGAUCACAUGUGGAAACGUCUUGUUUGGAAAAGGAACUAAAGUAGAGAUGAGUUCACAAUUCAAUCCAGUUGUUCUUGUACUUAUUGUGCUGUUGGCGUGCUGUAUGACGCUAAUUAUUUCUCUUAUUGUCUACAUAAAACAAAAGGUUUUUGGACAUUCGGAAGGCCCGUUGGGACGACAGAAGCCAUUGGGAAACCAACCAAGUGACACAGAUGCUCGCGGAGAUGAAGCCAAUUAUGUAGCUCUUAAUUUCUCCUCACGGAAGACAAAAGGUGUGAAGAAGAGGAUAGAGUCACCACCAGAGUGUGUGUACUCAGGUGUGAGAGGAGCUCAAUCCCACGUUGCAUGAAGAGCAGGACCUCUGUGUGUAGAGUUUGGACAUAACGUGCUUGCAUGACUGACAACGUAUAAACAUUGUGCAUUUGUUGGUUUUGCAGCUCUGCAUAUUUUACGACUAAAUUUUUUUAGACCAUGCUUUUUGCAAAUGUUUUUCUCAUAUAGUUGGAUGAUGGUAUUAAAAGAACACCUGUGUUUGACAUUGUUCAGUAGUGCACUGUGAAAACAUUGCAUGUUUCUAUCAACAAUAAAGUUUUUUUUCCAGGCAACCUGUAACAACCUUAUUACAUUAUCCAUCCAUCCAUCCAUCCAUCCAUCCAUCCAUCCAUCCAUCCA